AUGUUCUGCGGCUCAGUCCUCGUCGCCGUCAGCCUUCUGGCCCGGUCGGCCUUGGCCUACACCCAAGUCAACUUCAACCAGCCCAUCUUUUACAAGAACAUUGACCCUCUGGUCUUCACCGGUAGCUACACCAGAUCCCACUUGCAUACCUUUUUCGGAUCCGACGGUGUGACGGCGCAUACUACGACCAGCAGCGAGUUGCAAGCGGGGUGUACGAACGGGGAGAACCCGAAUGAUUUUUCCGUCUAUUGGGUCCCGACGCUUCUGUACAAGGAUGCCGAGGGGGUUUUCAAGCCCGUACCUUUGUCCCGCUUCAGCGCUUACUAUAACCUCGGUCAAGAUCCUGCCGAAGUACCCAUACCCCAGAACCUCAUGAUGCUAGCCGGAAACGCCGCCAACCAAGCUUCCGGGACCCUCGAUCCAUCCGCUGGCAUCCAAUGGUUUUGCGAAGGCCAAGACGUCCCGGUCGGUACCAACGGGUUCCCCACAUCCACCUGCAACACGCACCUCCAGACUUUACUCCUGUUCCCUUCGUGCGUCAACGAACAGACCUUGAAGACGGCUUAUAAGAGCGCGGGGUAUGGGACGCCGAAUAGGUGUCCGGAGGGGAUGAAGUCGAUGAGCCAAUUAAGAUUUAGUAUUCGGUAUGAUCUUCGGAAGGCUCUUCCCGGUGGCUGGACGGGGGAAGCGCCUUUGAAGUUGGCUUGUGGGAAUGCGUAUUGCUCGCAUGGCGACUUUAUCAACGGGUGGACCGAAGAAUCGGCAAUCACGAUGGUUGACACCACUAGGGAGAAACGGGUCUUCUACCCUAUCGAUGGCACGCUCGGAGGGUACAAAGAUCGCCCGACCUGCAAGCCCGCCGAUAAGGAACCUCAGCUCGGGACGUCGGACUAUGAUGAGAGCGUGAAGAUCUUGGGCAAGAGGGCUUGGGGUUCUCGUAUCUAG